CUGCUUACCCCUCUCUCACCUAUAAAAUAUGCCCGGGGGGAGGAUUGUUUCUUUUCAUCAUCGUCUAAUUUGAAUCGAACCCAAGUUAUCGACAGAUCAACUCUACAAACAAAGGAAUAAUGGACAAAGACAAAUCUCCGCCUCGUCACUGGCAUGGUGUUUUUGGCGAUCGUUAUGAGCAUCACAAUGUCUGGGUGACGGGUGGCCCUCCACAGCCAUACAUGGCCAGACGACCGUCCGCCGCAUCCUCUGAUGUAAACGCGACGAGUGAGAGACGUGCUUCUGCAGCAUCCGACAUGUCUUCCACCUCCACUGGUAACAAUAAUACUCCUAUAGCCCCGGAAAGAAGAAAAUCUAGCAGCCAAGGCACUUCCUCUUUGUUCGCAAGCCUUAAUAGCCAGAAAAGGAACACCGACGAUGGCAACCUUGCUGCACGCCGCCAGAGCUGGAGUGAGCAGUCCCAGCAGGGUGGCUUCCUUGCCAAGUGGUGGACUGAUUAUACUCGUGGUAAAUAACUCUUGCUUUUGUAUCAAGGGCUGUAAUUAUGGUUGCUUGUAAUCUUUUUUUUUUUUUGUUGAACUUUUUGAUAUCUUUUAUACGCAUAGUUAUUACGCAUAUGCCAAUGUUGAUGGCAAAGGAGGCAGAGAAUGGCUCUCGAAUGUGAAAAAGAACCAUGAUGAUUUGAG